AUGGAGUCUUCUCCAUCUUCUUCUUCGACAAGUAAGAACGCCAAAUUGUCUGUGAGAAGCAAACCCAGUUUCAAGAAAUCGGCUUUCUCUGCCGCAAAGAAAAUCACGAACUUGGCCAUGAGAGAACAGACGAUUCUCAAGAAAGCCUCCGAGCUUUCGACUCUGUGCGAGAUCGAAGCGUGCGUAAUCCAUUACAGCCGCGACGGAGAACUCGUCAACACAUGGCCCGAGGAUCUGUCAAAGGUGCGAGAUGUAGCCGAGAGGUUUAGCAGAUUAAGCGAUAAAGAAAAGCUCAAGAAAAGCUCCAACCUUUCGCAAUUCCUAACCAAGAAGAUGAACGAUGAGAAGAAGAGAUCUCUCGAGGGUAAAGACGACAACAAAUUCGAACAGAAAGCCUUGGAGAUUGAAGCUACUUUGGAAAAUCAUCAACGGAUAUUACAAGACAGGGUUCGUCUGCUUCUUAACCCUAAGGAUCAUCAGACCGGGCCAAAUUCGUUGAAUCAAGAUCCGAGCAGCAAUUUCUCAAUUCCUCCUGCUGAUUUAACCACGUCUUGCUCGUCGAAUCAAGAUCCGAGCAGCAACGUCUCAGUUCCUCCUGCUGAUUUAACCACGUCUUGUUCGUUGAAUCAAGAUCCGGGCAACUUCUCAAUUCCUGCUGAUGUAACCACGUCUUGCUCGUUGAAUCAACAUCCGAGCAACUUCUCAAUUCCUGCUGAUGUAACCUCGCUGAAUCAAUAUCCGAGCAACUUCUCACUUUUUUUGUAUAACCAUGACGAUGGUACUUUCACUCAACUGCCCAAAUCUGCUCCUUCAAGCUUUGAACAACCUCCGAUUCCGUACUAUAAUCAAGACUCGAGUUACUUGGACUUGUUACUUGCGGAGGAAGACAUGAGAAGCUGCAACAACUCUGUUCGUCAACCAUCUUUCGGGUUCCCAACAAUGUUGAUCUCUUAG